AUGUCUCAAACCAUUGGCUUGCCCAGCACCCCCCACCACGCCCUCACAACCAUCCGGCCUCUACCCUCCGCCAACUCCCCCCAACUGACCGCGCCCCCACUAGGCCGUCUCGCAUCCCGCAUCGCGACUCUGCUCAUGGGAAAACACAAACCUAUCUUCGAUCCCUCGACCGACUGCGGCGACUAUGUCGUCGUUACCAACUGCCAUUACCUGCACACGACGGGCAAGAAGCGGUGGCAGAAACUAUACUACAGACAUAACACCCGGCCGGGUAGUCUGCAGAAGAUUAGUAUGGAUGAGUUGAUGAGCAAGCUGGGGGGCGCUGAGGUGCUCAGGAAGGCGGUCAGUGGCAUGUUGCCGAAGAAUCGGUUGAGGGAUGAUAGGCUGGCGCGUUUGAAGGCUUUUGAGGGGGAUGCGCAUCCGUAUAAGGAUAAUAUUGUGAAGUUUAAUGGGAGGUCGCAGGUUGCGAGGUGGCCUGUGGCGGAGGUUGCGGGGAAGACGCCGGAGGCCAGGUUAUAG